UCGGUAGCCCCGUCAUGCCGCUCACCGCUCUCCGAACGCUCCGUCCGAACAUGUCCGAACAUAUCUAACCGACACAAAAUUCAAAAUUAUUCCCCACUUCAGGUGUAACAUAAAUCUUAGGUCGGCGAGCAAUGAAAAUGUCUAAAACAAACUCCUAAUUUACGCGAGUGCUGUUCCAUAUCAAAACAUAGUGUUGAACAUAAACAUAUCUGAAUUUUUGAAUGAUCGAUUAGUGAACUAGUGUUUAGUGAACGUGGUGACGUGAUUCAGUGACGAAGUGUUUGUGAUUGUUAGUGCGGAGAUAGCAUAUAAUGUGAUGAUGAGGCGAGGGAAAGUGCUGCUCGAGGGCAGCAGACAGGGCUCUGUCGACGGCAAAACAAACGUGGCUAAUGAUAAGGAGCUGGUGCACAAAUGCCAUAGCGAUCCUGGUGGUGGGCGCGCUCUUGGGGCCGCCCCAAGGACGCACAGGCAUCGAUCUGCGUCGGGCGCGACCAGGAAAUGCGUGCUCACGCUCGACGGAUACUCAUAUGUCAUUGUGGCGAGUCCACCGGGAGGCGCGACUGCUCCACGAGAGGAAGCACCACCCCGCCCCCCGCCACCACCCGCGCCCCGCAACGGCACCCCUCCUAAACAAGGUGCCCUGACAAUCGUGCGCCGCUCCUCAAGCCGCAGUAAGGCUGAGAGUUGUCCCACGCCCACUGAUGAACAACUCGACUCACUUGACUUAGACACCGAGCACUUGCCCGCCGUCGACACGCCCGAUGCAUGUGACAAGGCCGCUCUUAGAUUACGCUAUCUCCUAAGACAAUUGAAUAGGGGUGAAAUAUCCGCAGAGACUUUACAAAAGAACCUUCAGUAUGCUGCAAAAGUUCUUGAAGCUGUCUACAUUGAUGAGACCAAACCGGCAGUGGCGCGCCAGCAGUCGGCCCCAACCCUGGUGUUUAGGAGGCUGGCUGACGAAGAUGACGAGCUGUCAGAAGUCCAACCUGAUGCUGUACCACCUGAGGUCCGGGAGUGGCUGGCGUCCACCUUCACGCGACAACUGGCAACAGCGAAGCGAAAGUCUGAUGAGAAGCCCAAGUUCCGGUCGGUGGCUCACGCCAUCAGGGCAGGGAUCUUCGUGGAUAGGAUCUAUAGAAGAGUCACCAGCACUGCGCUGAUGCAGUUUCCCCAAGACGUCAUUAGAGUACUAAAGACAUUAGAUGAAUGGUCAUUCGACGUAUUUGCCCUGCACGAGGCGUCGGGCGGGGCACCCGUCAAGUACCUUGGCUAUGAACUACUCAACAGAUAUGGAAUGAUACAUAAGUUUAAGGUCCCACCGACGACGUUGGAGAACUUCCUCAACAGGAUAGAGGAAGGUUACUGCAAGUUCCACAACCCUUACCACAAUAACCUCCAUGCAGCUGAUGUGGCUCAAACAGUUCACUACAUGCUGUGUCAGACUGGACUGAUGAACUGGCUAUCGGACUUGGAAAUCUUCGCGACGCUUGUGGCGGCAGUGGUGCAUGACUACGAGCACACAGGCACCACGAAUAACUUCCACGUGAUGUCAGGGUCUGACACCGCAUUACUGUACAACGAUCGAGCUGUUCUCGAGAACCACCAUAUUAGUGCUGCAUUCAGACUGAUGCGGGAUGAGGAAUGCAACCUACUGCAGAAUCUAUCUAGAGAGGAGUUCCGGGAGUUCCGUACCCUGGUCAUCGACAUGGUCCUGGCGACGGACAUGUCGUUCCAUUUCCAACAACUGAAGAACAUGAGGUCGCUGCUCUCACUCGCUGAGCCCACCGUUGACAAGUCCAAGGCUGCCUCUCUUAUUCUACACUGCUGUGAUAUUUCACACCCAGCUAAGAGAUGGGACCUGCAUCACAGGUGGACAAUGAGUCUCCUGGACGAGUUCUUCCUGCAGGGAGACAAGGAGCGGGAUCUGGGGCUCCCGUUCAGCCCACUUUGUGACAGGAACAACACGCUCGUGGCGGAGUCGCAGAUCGGUUUCAUCGAGUUUAUCGUCGAACCAAGCAUGGGCGUCUGUGCCGAUAUGCUUGAGUGCAUAUUGGGCCCUCUACAUUCCAGCAGCAAGAACUCCACCAGUUCUGCUGAACCUAUCAAUGAAGAGAGCACAGGAAAUGAAAAUAGCAGCAAGUUCAAGAUCAGGAAGCCAUGGGUCGCGUGCCUCAGCGAUAACAAAAAGAUAUGGAAGGAGCAAGCUGCUAAAGAUGCUGAGGCACGCGCUAAACAGGAGGAGGAGAACAACAGUGUUCCACCGACAACAGAGGAAUAAUAUUUAGCCUCAUUUGUAAAUAGCGUUAGAUCUAGUUGUUGCAACAUGUUCUAUUCGUUGUUAAAGAAAAGCUAAAGCAUACUGUAAAAUAUACAUACGUGUGCCAGCUAUAUUAUACGUUGCUAAUUUAUUAAAAUAUAAAUUGUUGUGUGUAACGCACAAAUAUACGACUUGGAAGCACAAUGCGAAAAGCCUGGAUGUAUAAAGUUUCUCUAUGUGGAAGACAACAUAGUGAGCUAAUUCGAACAGGCGACAUACCGCGCAGCGGUAACGCCAGUAGUGUAAAUGAUUCAUUAUUAUUAUUCGCCGCUAAGAUUCUAGCCUAGCCUAAUAUUAAGUCUAAUAAAGCUUUGAAGAUGUCUUGUUAUCAAGAUUCUAUUGCGGGAAAAUAGGACUUUAUCUAAUUAAUUAAAAUUGUAAGGUCCCAGGAUGUUACCCUGAGGAAUCCCUUGAACUUCUGCCUCGUAAUAGAAUCUUGUCUGUAUAUUUGAGGAUGUAUCGAUAGGUAACAAUAUUUUCUACUCAUAAUUGAAAUAAUUAUUGUGUAAAACUGUACUGAACUCAUUUCAAAUAUAGUUGGUAAGAGCUAAAUGUAUCUGUAAGUAACUAUCAAAUGCUGGUGACGGAGCAAACAACAUUAAUUUAUGUAAUCAUAAACACAUGUGCACUUCUCUUCAAUCAAACACUUAACUAUAACUUAAAUGUAGCUUAAUAUUAGUGUUAAAUUUAACCCAUAAUAUGAUGAAUACGCUUAUUAAUUUUAAUGUUUCCGAUUAAAUUGGAGUCUUGAUAUUCUUGACCAAAUGUUAUUUAAUAUGAAAUUAUUUUCUAAAUAAUAAUGCCAUUUCAAAUUCUAGUAAUAGGUAGAUAGUACAUUAGUAAAUCUUCAUGAAUACAAAUUAAGAUUUUUGUCUUUGUUAUAUACAACAUAGCUAAGUAUAAUGUAGAAAAUCUCAAAUAUUUAUUGAAUUUCAAAGCUCGUGCUCAAAACAGAUCGAGACGAACUGCUUUCUGUGAACAACAACUACCUAUUAGAUCUAUUAGACUGAAAGGCAAAGGCGUCACAGCCCUAGGAAGAACAGGAAUACUUAGGUAGGCUAAGACUCGGUCUUAUUGCAGGCUCUUGUGGAGGACCCAGAGUAUAUGUACCGUCCUUCAACUAGAAUAUCUUCUGACGAAAGAAGUUGAACAUUGAAUUUAUUAUUAUCAAAGAUAUUAAAACAUUUCAGGCCAAGUGUUUACUCGCCGAUGCCAAAUUUACAACCGACAUUGGUACUGAUAAACUGAAAAUAGGUACAUACACAUUUUUCUACUGUUACCAUAAAAAUGUACGAGUACUCAACAACAUUUCAAACAUAUAUCAGAGGCCUAGUUUCCUGGUAGGUACGUGGGACCAUUCUCAUUGAAUAUCAAAUCAAUUGAAUCCAUAAUCAUGAUAAAUUAGGUCCCUAGGUGUAUGAUUUCAGGGAUGGUAAGGCUAAAUAUUUAAUCCAACUGGUGACGCUUAUCGUAGACAAAUUUAACAAUAGAUUUUUUUAUAUAUGUAUAUUUAUCAUCUAUUUUAAUGAUUAUUAGAGAUUUAUUAAAUUCUGUAUAUUGUGCAUUUAGUGUACCUACCUAUUAAUAGUUCAUAGGUACUAAUUAUUAAGAAUAGUCAAUAUAGAAACAUACUUAAUUUGAAAAUGUAGUCUAGUAAUGCCAUUCAGAUUGGGGAUAUAGCUUUAUAAAAUUGUAGAUUUUAGCAUACUGAGCCUUAUGUAAAUGAAUAUUAAUUGUUGUUUCUGUAAUAUAUAGCUUGGAGCAUACGGCCCACUCUUGAUUAAUGUAAUCUCUCUCAGACUUUAGGAACCACUUUUGUACAAUACUAUUGCUUUUAAAUGUGACAUUACAACAUUCCGAAUGUGUUUAGUAUUCAAUUGUCAAUGUACUUAAGCUAUUUAAAGACCUAUACACUGCUAUGUUUUAAGAUAGUGAAAAAUAAAGAAUAUUAACUAACUAGUUACCUACCCACAGUCGUAAUAUAUUUUUCACAAAAUAUCCUAAUGUGCUUUCACAUAAAAUAGUAAUGAUAAACUUUGAAGUCAUUGAAAGUAAGCAUAAGUAUCCAUUCAUAGUUAUAUAAAUACUAUACCUAUUACAUGUGUAAAGAGAUGUUAUUUACUAAAAGUAUCGACGUAAAAUUCCUAACAUUUUCUAUUAUUGUAUCCCACACAGUAAAGCAAGUAAUAGUAUAUUUAGAUGCAACCGCUGAAGAUGAAUUUUCUAUUAUGUAUUGUAAGUAUGCAAAUGUACCUAUUUAUUAAAUGUUUUAUCUUAAAAAUCACAAUAAUUUUAUGUAAACAACAACACAGAUCUUUGUAUGAAAUUGCAUUUUCUCUCUAAUAAAAUGAAAUCUCAAAAUCAAAUGGUUUUU